AUGCAAGCUCGCGUGCCGGGUGUUGACACCCCGGCACCGGUACUUACACUGAGCCAGCCUGAUCAGGGCGUGCCGCGUGUCCGCCGCGCUGUGUCGGGGAACAACCACCAACUCAAUAUUCAACAAUGUCUCAGAGUGGAAAUUGUAGCGAAAUGCCAGAAUGAUGGUGUAGAAGUUAUAAGAGAUGUGUAUGUGUCCGUGUCGACGACGGGCGCGGCGCGCGGCGAGCGUCAAAUGACGCGGCCGCGCCGCUCCGCGCGCUCCUGCGGCGCCACGACCGCUCGGCGCCAGCGCAGCCCCACGGGCGAGCCGCUGGGUUUGCUGCCGCCACAACACACGUUACUCGCGCCCGUACGCUCGCGCGCCGGGACCUCGGACCUCGUCGCCCGAGCGUACGUGUGA